AUGGAGUUACUAUUUACACAAGACCAAAUCAAUAACCAAUGCAAUGAUACCUUCCUAGCCAAAGAAAAACAGUACUUACAAGAUCUGGAACGAUGGUCCCUCAUUGAAGAGAGUGUACUACAACAAAAAGCUAGAGCACAUUGGAUAAGAUCGGGAGAUGGAAAUAAAAACUAUUUUUCAGCUAUGAUCAAGGAAAGGACUCACAGAAAACAGCUCCUAGAAUUAACCUCUCUAUCAAGCAUCAAAUUGACUAUACCCGCAGCUAUAAAGAAGGAGAUAACCGAUUUCUAUAAGUCUCUCAUGGGAACUGCUAAUCAAGCCCUUCCUACAGUAAAUAUAGAGACAAUGAGGAAAGGCCCAGUCUUGUCACAUGCUCAGGGGAUUGAGUUGUGUAAAGAAAUCACUGAGGAAGAAAUCUGUGAGGCAUUACAAUCCAUAAAUGAUGACAAAUCUCCAGGGGUAGAUGGAUACAAUGCUUUCUUUUUCAAGAAGUCCUGGAAUAUAGUUAAGACAGAAAUAAUUGCUGCCAUCAGUUGA